AUUGAACGAAUCAUAAUAGUUAUUUUGGUUACAAACUCCCUGUUGGUUACGCUUCCACUGUUAUAAAUUAAACCCGUUUACUUUUCAAGUUUUAUUGUCAUUAAGUUGGACGAUUGUGAAUAUGAAGGUUCUAGUGGCUGUCGCUUUGUUCGCCUUUGUGGCUUUACAGGUGUGUGGCAACAAUAUACCUACGACUGAAAAAACAGGUGAUGAAGUGUGCCCUGCAAACAUUAUGUUAGAAGAUCCAUUAAAAGCAACCGAAAAUAAGAACUGUAAUUUGAGUCAUGGUGCACCAACUCCGGAUGAAGAGAAGAAGGAGGAGCCAGUACCCGCGCCCUCUCCCUCACCAGCGCCCUCCGAAGCCACAUCCGAAGCGGCCGCGCCCGUUGAGUUCUUUUACUUCCAGGUGAAAUCAGAAGCGCCAAGUUCUGAGGCGCCGCCGGCGGCUGCCCCGGCGGCGGCGCCGGCCGCGCCCGCUGCGGCCGAGACGCCAGCACCCGCCGAAGAGAAGAAAGCCUAGGUUAUGUUAGUGUACACCGAGGACAUGGUGCGAAUGUAACAAACCGGAACGAUGUCCGACUAUAACGUAUUGUGAUCUUUGUAAAAUAAACACUUGGAAAUAAAUGUGUUUUGUGAUUGACGAAA